UCUGCUUCCGAAAAUGAAGGAGGGAGAGUCGACGCUGAUCCAAACCCAGAAAUGGCCUCACUACUGGGGCACCACACCGGAGCAAGAGUACUACGACUCACAGGGGAUCAAAUCCUCCAAAGCCUUCUUCACCACUCCCAGAGGCCUCAAGCUCUUCACCCGCCAAUGGCUCCCUCUUCUCUCUCCUCCACGUGGCCUCAUCUUCAUGGUCCACGGCUACGGCAAUGACAUCAGCUGGACUUUUCAGGCCACCGCCAUCUUCCUCGCCCGUCACGGCUUCGCCUGCUUCGCUCUCGACCUCGAGUCCCACGGCCGCUCCCACGGCCUCCGCGCCUUCGUCCCCGACGUCGACCUCGUCGUCGCCGACUGCCGCUUCUUCUUCAACUUCGUCCGGCAAAGCCCCGACUUCCAAACCCUGCCGUCUUUCCUCUACGGCGAGUCAAUGGGCGGCGCGAUCUGUCUUCUGAUCCACUUCGCCGAUCCCGGAGCCUUCGACGGCGCGAUUCUGGUGGCGCCGAUGUGUAAAAUCUCCGACGACGUCAAGCCGAAGUGGCCGAUCCCUCAGAUUCUGACGCUCGUCGCCAAGUUCCUGCCGACGCUGGCGAUUGUGCCCACCGGGGACCUGAUGGUAAAAUCGGUGAAAGUCGAGGAGAAAAAGGUAAUUGCGGACAUGAACCCUUCCAGGUAUAGAGGGAAGCCUAGAUUGGGCACAGUUGUGGAGCUACUGAGAGUGACGGACUACGUGAACCAGAGGCUGUGCAAUGUGAGCCUGCCGUUUAUUGUUCUGCACGGCAGCGCCGACGUGGUGACUGAUCCCAAUGUGAGCAGGGCUUUGUAUGAAGAAGCAAAGAGUGAGGACAAGACGAUCAAGAUUUACGACGGGAUGAUGCAUUCCUUGCUGUUUGGGGAGACUGAUCAGAACGUUGAGAUCGUUCGCGGCGACAUUCUGGCCUGGUUGAACCAGAGAUGCAGAGCAAGAGAUUGAUUCAGAUUAUUAUCAUUGGCGUUGUGCUUAAUUCUUUGCUUUCUUAUGAUUCAAGUAAUUGGUAAGACUGUUGAAUUUAGGACAGCUAUUGAAUCGAAAUUGCCAAACUUGUAUAUCAAGUAACACAACACUUCCAUUCAAAACAAUCUUUGAUUCCUACCAUCUCAACUGUUAUCGCACAAAUGCGGCAAUUGCAUGCUGGACAUGAAGCCUCGCUGCUGCAGAACAGUCGGGCAAAUUUACAACCGAAUAGAGAGAAA